CUGUGUCGAGGAGAGACAGACCACCCAUUCGUUUCCUCCCCCAAAACUGUCCACACACAGAACCCGCUGGCGCUUCCAUCUUCUGUCAUCGUUUCUCACAGAUCCCGUCAUUGACUGAUACAGCUCGGUGAUGUGGUGCAGUAGAACAGCGCUCGGGAGACUGCGGAGGAUCGCCCCGUGUACCGUCACCGGAUUUCACCGCGCAAUGUCCACGUUACCGAAAGUGUAUGUGACGCGCAAGGUGCCGCCGGACGGACUGGACAUUCUCCGCAAAUCCGGACAGGUGCAGUUUGAGAUGUGGGACUCUGAUGAACCUGUGCCGCGACUGGAGCUGCUGAAAAAGGUCAAAGGUUGUGAUGGAAUUCUAUGUGUACUCACAGAGAAGAUUGAUAUUCAACUAUUGGAAGCUGCAGGUCCAAAUCUGAAAGUCGUCAGCACUAUGUCAGUGGGCUUUGAUCAUCUUUCUCUGGAUGAGCUCAAGAAAAGGGGAAUCCGUGUAGGAUAUACUCCAGAUGUUCUGACCGAUUGUGUGGCUGAAUUGACUGUUGCCUUGUUACUCGCUGCAUCCAGAAGACUCACUGAGGCCACACAUGAGGCUAAAACGGGUGGCUGGGGAACAUGGAGAACUUUAUGGCUAUGUGGUCAUGAACUUGCAAACAGCACAGUUGGCAUCUUGGGACUUGGGAGGAUUGGUGUGGCUAUCGCCGAGCGUCUGAAGCCAUUUAAGGUGAAGAAAUUCAUCUACACAGAUGUGGCGCAGAGAGUGGAGCUCGCAAAUAUGAUAGAGGCAGAAUAUGUCUCUUUUGAUGAGCUGGCCAAGCAGUCUGAUUUCCUGGCUGUAUGCUGUGCUCUGACUCCAGAGACUCAUGGGAUCUGCAAUUGGAAUCUCUUCUCCAAGAUGAAGAGAAACGCCAUCUUCAUCAACACAAGCAGAGGUGGAGUGGUUAAUCAGGAGGAUCUGUAUAAAGCCCUGUCCACCGAUCUGAUCGCUGGAGCCGGGCUGGAUGUCACCACACCUGAACCACUGCCCACAAACCAUCCUCUUUUCUCACUCAAAAACUGCGUGAUUCUUCCCCACAUUGCCAGUGCUUCAUAUACGACACGGAACGCCAUGUCUGCUCUUGCAGCCAACAACCUGCUGGCUGGACUCAGGGGAGAACCCAUGCCUAAAGAACUGAAACUGUAAAACUAGACAGUUAAAUAAUAGUUCAUACAAAAAUGGAAAAUCUACUUUAGGACACAGAAAAUUUCUGAAAAAU